GCUGGGUGUGAGACUGACUCCCCGCCGGAAGCGGAGCGCUGCCUGCUGCAAUGGGCCAUGACGAUGGCUGCAGGCGCCGGCGUUGCCGGGCAGAAGCAUCCCCCCGAGGGAAGAGCCAAGCGCCUGGGGCGCCCCCGGAGUCAGCAGUGUGCAAGCGGCACCCCUGAACCUGCCGGAGCCGGCUCCGUUGGAGUUGGGUGGUGUUUUUCUGAAUUGUGUGGGCAGGAAGGCUGGGGAUGAACCACGCUCCUGCUGCUUCUCAUUGUUCGGCAACAAACCCGGCCGUGCCCGAUUGUUAUGCAAAUUUCCCCGCUUUGCUCCCUGACUCCCAAUUCCGGGCUGGAAAAAAAAAAGAUAUUUUAUUCGCCUGCCCGGGCCGAAACUACAAUCAUUCGCCUUCUGCGGCGGGUGUGUGUGUGGUGGGGGUGUAAAUCUUACUGCGUGGACGUGGAGAGUGGGUGAUUUUGCUAAUGCUGACGCGCUUUUAAGUGUGGAGGAACCGGAAGAGAAAGGGUUAACUUGUCACCCGUGCUGCGCUUAAGGGACUCGGUCUGUAGGCAGAGUCGCGUUUUAUUUAGCGUGUAGCCAAAACGGAUUGACGAAUGGGAGCGAUUCUUGGCUUUGUGGGGCGCUCAGUUCAUCCUGCAGCCUCCCAUUCAGCCGCUCAAGUCCUGCACCGUUUUGGAGGGUCAGUGUUGCAUCCUGUUUGUUUAGAGAAGGGCCCUUCCUCUCUGUGUGGAAAGGAGACAGAAGGGAUAAGUGUGUAAAGCAAAGGAAGCAAUGGGUCCCCCCCUCCACACACACACACACACACUGUUUGCAGCCUUAGGUACUGCUGGCAUCCCACUAAAGCACUGCUUGCUUUGAGACAGCUGCAGCCAACAUUUUCUUUAAUUCCCAAAUACACUUGGCAUGUGCAGUUUAGAAAGACAUGCACGACGGGACCCUAUGGAUCGUGCGUGUGACAGUGCAAAACAGCAGCCCCGGCCUGCCAUAAGGCAGCAGAACUGGAGGAGGGAAUGUGCUCUUUGGAGCCCUAGUCAUGGAGCAAGACCCUGUUGUGCGAGGUGCUGUACAAACACAGAACAAACUGUCCCAAAGAGCUUAGCUGCUUUGAACUUUAAACAGGAUGUGGACACAACGGAAACAUGUUUGUUGGUCUCAGUCCAGUUGCCCAAAGAACCAUCUGACACAUGCACUGGUCAUGAACUUAGAUGAUACCCUCAAAGCAGAGUCAAAAGGUUGAAUGGACCAUUGAGACUGAGACACAUUGCUGGAUAUAACCCUCACCCUGCUACGGCCCAAACGUGGAUACAGCGUGUGACAAAGACCCAAAUGAAGAAUGCAACAAAAUUAUCCAUGAACAUUUGCUGUAAUGUAAAGGUGUCCCCCUUAUGGAAUUCAAAGAACAGUUCGACAUCAUUUAACGUCAACUUUUGUCUAGUCUUUUGAAGAAUGGGCAUCAUCACUUUACAAGGCCAAAUAGAGAAUUCUCCUGUAAACACCAGUAAUCUAAAUUGCAGACUUCCUGGGACUAAGUAAUAUAUAAAAUUGGAUGCCGUACGGACAAUUUGUAAUCAGGAUAAAGAAGCUUGGGGAAAACAAGUAAACCGUUUUUAUAUAUUGAUAAGACGUUAUUUUAAUUGCAUAUUUAGCAAAACCCCACAAUUAUUAAAUGACAAUAUGAUUAUUGUGACUUCCUACAAGAUCUCACUUAGCAUGUCAGCUGUUUACAAAUGGAAAAGAGAGAGGAAGAUUAUGGUUCAGUCGAUCUCCAAAGGAUCAAAAGUCAAUACCUCAGUUUUGUAACUCGUCUCUUCAGCACCAUCCAAAGAUGUGAAAUUUGCUUCGCUGCAGAAUCCUAGGGCUGCUUUGGGGGCAAUAAACAGCUGACUCACGUCUGAGGAAAGCACGACAAUGGGAGUUCUCAAAUGAGCGUGCGGCAGGAAUAGGCCACCACCACCUACUCACUCACACUAAAGGUCUCCAGGAGGCGUUCUCCUGACACCAUGGAGAUUCUGUUCCUGAAAAUGCUUUUGCUGCUGGCUGGCGGUUUAGUUGGGCUCUUCUAUCACCUCUCAGAUCUUUGGGUGGGUGAGAAGAGAACAGUUCAGAACAAGCCGAAUUUCAUAGUCAUUUUGGCAGAUGAUGUUGGAUGGGGGGACCUUGGGGCCAACUGGGCAGAAACCAAGGACACUCCUAAUUUGGAUCAGAUGGCUGCAGAAGGAAUGAGAUUUGUGGAUUUUCAUUCUGCUGCAUCCACUUGCUCCCCAUCCCGUGCCUCCCUGCUCACAGGAAGGCUCGGCAUUCGCAAUGGAGUGACCCACAACUUUGCUGUCACGUCAGUGGGUGGCCUCCCCCUCAAUGAGACUACGUUAGCUGAGGUUCUGAAGGAAGCAGGAUACAUCACUGCGGUAAUAGGUAAAUGGCACCUCGGGCACAGCGGCCUCUAUCAUCCCAACUUUCGUGGUUUCGACUGUUACUUCGGGAUCCCCUACAGUCACGACAUGGGUUGUACUGACACCCCAGGCUACAACCUCCCUCCCUGUCCGGCAUGCCCUCGACACUCUGCAGCCACAAGCAGCCAUGGGAGAGAUUGUUACACCAAGGUGGCUCUUCCUCUCUUUGAAAACAUCACCAUCAUCCAACAGCCUGUGAACCUUGCUGGCUUGGCUGCAGAGUAUGCAGAAAAAGCAACUCAGUUCAUCCAGCGCGCAAGUGAAAGUGGACGCCCGUUCUUCCUAUACCUAGCGCUGGCCCAUAUGCACGUGCCCUUGGUCCUCGCUCAGCCUCCCUCCAGCUCCUCGUUCCCUGAGCCAUACCGAGCCAGCCUGAGGGAGAUGGAUGCCCUGGUGGGACGGAUAAAGGACAAAGUUGACGGCUGCGGGAAGGAAAACACAUUCCUUUGGUUCACAGGAGACAACGGCCCUUGGGCUCAGAAGUGCGAGCUUGCAGGGAGCGUGGGCCCGUUCUCCGGGGCAUGGCAAAGGCAACGAGGUGGGAGUGCAGCCAAGCAAACGACCUGGGAAGGGGGACAUCGUGUUCCGGCGCUGGCUUAUUGGCCUGGCAGGAUCCCUGCAAACAUGACGAGCGCUGCACUGUUGAGCACCACAGACAUUUUCCCCACCUUGGUGUCCCUGGCAAAGGCAAGCCUGCCUCCCAACAGGCGCUUUGAUGGUUCAGACAUGUCUGAGAUUCUCUUCGGGCAGUCGCACCAAGGGCACAAGACGUUGUUUCACCCCAAUAGUGGAGCAGCUGGAAAGGACGGAGAGAUAAAAGCGCUACGGCUGGCACAAUACAAGGCAUUUUACACUACAGGUUGCUACAUCUGCUGGAAACUAAUGACACUGCACCAGAGAUGGCUGCCAGGGGACUUCAGAGUUUUUCUCUGGGUUUCCAUUCCAGGCGGGGCGAAAGCCUGUGACGGAAGCAUUGGGCUAGAAGAGCAUCACCAACCGCCGCUCAUUUUUAAUCUGGAUCAAGACAUUCAAGAGCAGGUGCCUCUGGACGUGAAGGCUGGCGAGUAUCAGGCUGUGCUACCUGCGAUAACCAGGGCUCUGACAGACUUUCUUCAGGAUAUUGCAACAGACAACGUCUCAACAGCGGAUUACUCCCAUGAUCCAGCAGCGACACCCUGCUGCAAUCCACAGCACAUAGUUUGCCGAUGUCAGGUUAGCUGCUCUAGCUGUAACAGGGAGCCGUAGACAAGCGUUUCACACUGAAUCGGCUAGCAGGCAAACCAAGAGGGGCUUGGAUAAUUUGCUGCAGUAACUUUAACAGCCAUGCAGAGAUGAGUCAUUCAUACAGAAGACCUGGAAGAACUCAAAGAUGUGGCAUUUGUUUCUGUAGGAUGCACGAAAGAAAGAGGCU